AUGACUGGAGCUCCAUUUGUUCAUUUCAAUGCAAUCUGCACAACCUUGAUGUCGGAAUCGUCCAAAAUCAAAAGCACCCAUUUUGUGGAUACGGUCUUCAUGAAUAUCUUGUACAUGUGCGAGUCGGAGUUCAAGGACGAGUCCUGGAUGAUGGACAUGACAAUUUCGAGCAAAGUCAGGCCGCAUUUCCGUUCAUUCAUUUCAAACUCCUGGUUCGAAACUGGGUCAUUGGACAGCAAUAAGAAAAGAAACUCUAGCGAUUCCACCAAAACCGAGAGCGACGAAGCGGCCUCAAUCAGUCGCAAUCCGACAGCAAACCCGCCAACCGAAUACACCGAGCUGAGGAUCAAGUUUGGGUUCCAUAAAAUGAUUCCAUCCAGCUCAUCAGAAGAGUUUGCAUUGAGAUCCACCACAAUGGCCUUUUGA